GUUAAUAUAUUGAUAGAAAAAGGUUGUGAAAAGAAACAUGGCGGACACUUGAAGCCAAAAAGCUAAACUGCAACAGAAAUGAAUAUCAUUCCUGUGAUUCCUGAAAGAUGACUUUUGCUUUCAAAGUUCUUUUCCUCGCACUGUUGGAACUUUGUCUUUUCGUGGAAUAUGACCUAGCACCUUUGUUUUACGUAAAGCGAAUUCCAGAGACAGAGAUCCAAAUUCUAGGCACGGUCAGCAGCGUGCGGCAAGAAAGAAGCUCAUCCGUCACUAAUGCGCCUGUGCUGGCAAAAAGCGUCAUCGAAACUAAGGACAACCAUGACAAAAAUGUGGAGGAAACAAAAAGAGAUGUGAGUCUUGAAGAACUGUUAACAGAUGACAGUCGGAAAAGAGAAAAAAGAAUUGACAAGGAUAAAAAGAGCGUUGAAGGAGAGACUCAAAUACAAAAACCCGCAAGAGCGAAUAAAAAUUCAGUCAACUCUUCGCCGACAUCGACUCUGGAACUUAGAUGGCCAUCCGGGACUUAUGGACUUCCCAAGCCGGUUGAUGGGUGUCCGAAAGCAGAUGGCUUUGAGUGGAAGACUGGGUACCGAUUCCACGACACUGAGGAUGAUGGGACGGAGAAUCAACAUUCUGACAGUUUUCAUUUGGCGGGUGAAUUCAGCGAUGAAGGAAUAAAACAUGAAUUUUGUAUUAAAACCGAUGAUACAGGCGGAGGAAGAUGGCCAGAUGGAAAAUACUGCAUUUACAAAAAGGGAUCCCGCUGCCCCACUGGCCUCGACGAGGGAUUUGUUAUAUGGGAUGAUGAAAACAAAGACAAUAAAAAUUCUAAAUACGGAGACUUACCCGAAGGUCUUUUCAACGAAGACUCCAAGAUUUUCUUUUGCUGCAGCACAACUGGUAGUGCCAGCAAAGAGAUCACUCUGCCCAACAAAGCUCCAUUCUUACUAUUUGCCUACGAGUCUUAUCUUUGCCAGAAGGUUAAAGGUAUGAGAGUGGAGACAGAGUUCGUCAAAUUCGAUGACGAAGACCGAGGCAAUAUCGAUUACGAAGGUGGCGAAUUUCCGUUCGGAAUACACCGAGCAGACAAAGACCACAUGUUUUUUCUAUGUUACUACACACCGGAGGGACAAAACAGCACUUUGAUGCCAGUCUCUGCAGAUAAUAAAAGUAAGAGCUCAUCUUCUUCCAAGAAUUUCAUUCUAAAAGAUGGACUCAAAAAGCACAAGUCGAAAUCGGAAAACAAACAAGUCGAUAAACUGGAGGAACUGGAAAAAUUGCGAAACUCCGAGAAAAUGAUGGACGCAUUCCUUGCCAGUACUGCUCCGCAUAACAAAGAAACAAACAAAAAUGAGAGGACAAAGACGAUCAUUAAAACUAUAAGGAUCCCCGAACGCGAGAACACGACCUCAAUAGUUGUAACAACAGCUGGGAUCGUCUUGGGUAUCGUGGUGUUGGGGGCAGUGGUCGGUAUAGUUGUCAUAAAACAUAUCAGGUCAAACAGAGAUGGGGUCAAUGUAGAUUCACUGGAUGAACAAAUUUACACGGCGUCCUCACGGAGAAGUAGCUUCACCACCUCAGAAGAUGAAGUGGAACUCACUGAAGCUGACUUUGAAGAUGAGUUGGUUGAAGACCAAUAUCUUCCGUCAGACUCCGAACUUAAGUCAGGCUUAGAACUCAUGUUUCUUAAACAACAAAGACAUUAUUGGACACGGAAAAAGAAGCCCUGAUAGAAUGCUUCACAGAUACAAUAGUGUAUUCAAGGAUAUUCCUCUAGGAGACUUUAAAUGGACCUGGAAAGUUUCCGUGUGGACCGUGGUCCGUUACUUGAGGUCACA